CUUUCCUCUCCUUCCUUCUGCCUUUUCUCCAUUUUCAUCCCAACUUUUCCUAACUCUCUCCCGUCAAUCGCUUCAGCUCAAAACCUACAUUACAGAUUUGCUCUGCAACUUGACAUUAAAGCUAUAUAUCUUUGAAAAAGGAGAGGUUUCUGAUGGGUUUAGUAAGCAUAGAAACUAAGGGGAGUGGGAAGUUUGGUAUUGGGUUCAUUUUGGUUCAGGAGUUGUGGGUUUUGCUCAACUUCCACUGAAACAACUAGGAAUGAUUAUUUGGGAAUUGGAUAUCAGUAAUCACAGUGUCUGCCAGUGCCACUCAUGUUUGGGAUUCGGAGGCUACGAUGGUUUAUGGGUCUGAAUCAGAGGAAUAUGUCGACCAAAAGGUUGCCCAGUGUCGAGCAACGUGGUCCUGCAAGAGCAAAUCUACUGUCUAUGAUGGAUGCUGUUCAUGAAGUUGCUAUUUACAUUCAUAGGUUUCAUAAUCUAGACCUUUUCGAACAAGGGUGGUACAAAAUCAAGGUUACUUUGAGAUGGGAGGAUGGCGAUGACUCCUAUCCUGGGAUUCCGGCACGGGUGGUUCAGUAUGAAGCUCCUGAAGUGGGUUAUGACAAUUUAUGUACAGUUUGGAAAAUAGAUGAUGCAGACAACAGUUUUUCAACACCACCAUUUCGAAUCAAAUAUGCAAGGCAGGAUGUGGUUCUUUCUAUUAUGAUCUCAUUCUAUCUUUCUUUUGCAGGACAUGAGGCAAAAUCGUCUGCUGUUAUCAUGAAGUUUGAGCUUAUGCAGGCCCUUACAUCUGAUAUUGGAGCUGAGAUGCAGGCGUUUCCAGAUGCUUAUUCUGCUUCAGUUCAUGAGUAUAGAAUUCCCCCUAAAGCUCUUCUCGGGUUACAUUCAUAUUGUCCUGUCCAUUUUGAUGUUUCACAUGCUGUCCUUGUUGAUACAAGUGUUCAUGUCAGUUUGCAAAAAGCUAGCUAUCACACAAGCCGACUGAAGGUACCCAGUGAUUAUUGGUCUUCUGAAGGUGCUCAUGAGGAAGAUUCUAUUAAGUCAAACAAGGCUAAGCUCAUCAAAGCAUUAAUGGCUGCCCAUGAUAUCCUCCUUGAAGAUCUGAGAAGGUUAAGCGAAGGAAUCAACCAAGCUAUUGAUCUUACUGGGAUGGAUCCCACAAUUGACCGUGCAAAAUUUGCUAAUUCUUCGCCACUGAAAGCUAAUGGUUAUAUUGCUAUGCAUACAUACAAAUUGUUUCAGUCUUUAUCUUGGGACGAUCUGUUAAAUUCUUAUCAGUCUCUGGGAAAUCAGCUCUUACAGCUGUGGAACACGUUUCUGAAAUUUCACAGGGAAAAUAAAACAAUGAUACUCGAAUUUCUACGUCAUUCAUGGGCUAUUGAUCGAAGAUCUGAAUGGUCAAUAUGGAUGGUACACUCCAUAUCUGAGAUGCCCCAUCAGAGUUUGAGUAGCAGAGUUGAAGGAACAAUAAUGCGCUGGGGCACACAUGGAAGAUCUUUAAAUUCGAGGAAGUUAACUGAUGAUCCUUCUCAGACUGCAACAAUGCGUGCUGAACUUCAUAGACGAGGAAUAGCACAAAUGAAGAUCAACAAUAGGUCACUUCAAGACAUGUAUAUAUUCGAGGAUCCUUUGCGCAUUCCUAUUAUUAUUAUAGAACGGAUGGCAAAUAUGGAUCAUUCUCCAAGUGUAAAUUCUUACUUCAAUCCGUUGGAGGCAAAAGCAAAUCUUAUCUUGGAAAACGGAUCUAGAGGCACAAACAAGUCUGGGAGUAGCCCACAACGAAAUGGGCAAGUUUUGAGAGUAGUUGUUUUUGUGCAUGGAUUUCAGGGACAUCAUUUGGAUUUACGGCUUGUGCGGAACCAAUGGCUGCUGAUAGAUCCCAAGAUACAAUUCCUUAUGUCAGAGGCUAAUGAAGACAAAACAUCUGGAGACUUCAGAGAAAUGGGUUUACGACUUGCAGAGGAGGUGGUCUCUUUCGUCAAAAGGAAGAUGGAUAAAUUUUCAAGAAGUGGACACCUGAAAGAUAUCAAGCUUAGCUUUGUUGGCCAUUCUAUUGGAAAUCUCAUUAUCAGGACUGCUUUAGCAGAGAGCAUCAUGGAGCCAUAUUUAAGAUACCUGUAUACAUAUGUUUCAAUAUCGGGUCCUCACCUGGGUUAUAUGUAUAGUUCAAACUCUGUGUUCAAUUCAGGGUUGUGGCUCUUGAAGAAGCUGAAGGACAUACAAUGCAUCCAUCAGCUGACAUUUACAGAUGAUCCUGAUCUUGAAAACACCUUCAUCUACAAUCUUUCCAAGAAGAAGACACUGGUGAACUUCAGGAAUAUAAUACUUUUGUCCUCACCUCAGGAUGGUUAUGUCCCCUACCAUUCUGCCAGAAUUGAACAUUGUCCAUCAGCUUCCUUGGAUUACUCUAAAAAAGGGAAAGUCUUCCAUGAGAUGCUAAAUAAUUGCUUGCACCAAAUUAAUGCCCUCACCGACCAUGGUGUGGUCAUGCGCUGUGACAUCAACUUCAAUACCUCCUCAUACGGCAAGAACUUAAACACACUCAUUGGGCGGGCUGCUCAUAUAGAGUUCUUGGAGUCUGACAUUUUUGCUAAGUUCAUAAUGUGGUCUUUUCCCGAGCUCUUCACUUAGUCUUGCAGAAAUCUACAUGGAAGUCUCUCAACUCAGUUCAUUUUGAAAAUUGGCGAAGGUUUUUGGCACAAGAUUUCUGCACCUGUAUAACUGAUUCCUCCAUUGGAAUCAAGAAAAUUUCAUGGGUGCCAAGUUCAACUCCUUUGAAGGUCGAAACUCCUCCAGGUGGGUAUAGUAGGACAAAAAUUGGUGGAUCCUUUCCAACCUUUGGCCAAAUUUUGCUCCAUUUUUCUUUCACAAGAGCAUAUAGUAGAGCCAUUGAAUUUUUAUGGGACCUUGGCCUGUGAAU